AUGAUUGCUUGGAAAAGGCUCUCCGAUAGAUGGAAGGAUGUCUCUUUCCCCAAGCCUUUGUAUCCACUUGUGCAUCCUGCUGUUUUGGUGGAAACUUAUGAACAAGAGGAAUGUGUCAAUGAUCUUCAAGGGCAUGAUCGGAUUAAAUCAAGAAAUCAAGGGGAGAGAGAGAGAGAGAGAGAGAGAGAGAGAGAGAGAGAGAUUUGA